CUCCAGCUGCUGUCCCUGGUGACACCCAUUCCCUCGCCCCGGCUGCUAGGACGCUGGCAGGGCUGAGGCUGCGAGAACCGCCUCUGGAAACUUGCAGGGUGGAGAGGACGCGCGGGAACCGGGCAGGAAGGGCCAUCCUGGGCUGCGACGGGCAUCCCAGUGCUGCGGGCGAAGGCUGGCGAUCCGGGUCUGGGCUGCGCGAGGUCCGCGCAGUGUCCGCAGCUGGUGGCCGCGGGCCGGGUGCGGGGAACAGAACUACUCCGGGAAAAGCACAUGUGCGCGUUUCAGAGAUUGCUAGGCCAGUGUUUACCUGCAAGCCAUUAUACCUGCCCAUGAGACUUUGAGAACAUUAUAAUGUCCCUUUGUGCUGCUUCUCACAAGGAGUUUUCUCAGCUGUUACCUAGUCAAGACAUGGAUAUCAAAAACUCACCAUCUAGCCUUAACUCUCCCGCCUCCUAUAGCUGCAGUCAGUCCAUCCUACCCCUGGAGCACGGCCCCAUCUAUAUACCUUCCUCCUAUGUAGAGAGCCACCAUGAAUAUUCGGCCAUGACCUUCUAUAGCCCUGCUGUGAUGAAUUACAGUAUUCCCAGCAGUGCCAAUAACUCGGAAGGUGGGCCGGGUCGGCAGACCACAAGCCCAAAUGUGUUGUGGCCAGCUCCUGGACAUCUUUCUCCUUUAGCAAUCCAUUGCCAGUCGUCACUUCUUUGUGCAGAACCUCAGAAGAGUCCUUGGUGUGAAGCACGGUCACUAGAACAUGCCUUACCUGUAAACAGAGAGACAAUGGAAAGGAAGGUUAGUGGGAGCAGUUGUGCCAGCCCUGUUACUAGUCCAAGUUCAAAGAGGGACGCCCACUUCUGUGCGGUCUGCAGCGAUUACGCAUCAGGAUAUCACUAUGGAGUCUGGUCGUGUGAAGGAUGUAAGGCCUUUUUUAAAAGAAGCAUUCAAGGACAUAAUGAUUAUAUUUGUCCAGCUACAAAUCAGUGUACGAUAGAUAAGAACCGGCGCAAAAGCUGCCAGGCCUGCCGACUUCGGAAGUGCCAUGAAGUCGGAAUGGUCAAGUGUGGCUCCCGGAGAGAAAGGUGUGGGUACCGCGUAGUGCGGAGGCAGAGAAAUUCCAACGAGCAGCUGCCCUGCCUGAGCAAAGCCAAGAAAAACUGUGGACACGUGAGCCGAGUGAAGGAGCUGCUGCUGAGCGCCCUGAGCCCCGAGCAGCUGGUGCUCACGCUCCUCGAGGCGGAGCCGCCCCACGUGCUCGUGAGCCGCCCCAGCUCGCCCUUCACCGAGUCCUCCAUGAUGAUGUCCCUGACCAAGCUGGCCGACAUGGAACUGGUGCACGUGAUCGGCUGGGCCAAGAAAAUUCCGGGCUUUGUGGAGCUCAGCCUGUUCGACCAAGUGCGGCUCUUGGAGAGCUGCUGGCUGGAGGUGCUGAUGGUGGGCCUGAUAUGGCGCUCAAUCGACCACCCCGGCAAGCUCAUCUUCGCUCCAGACCUCGUUCUGGACAGGGAGGAGGGAAAAUGCGUGGAAGGAAUUCUGGAAAUCUUUGACAUGCUCCUGGCAACAACUUCAAGGUUUCGAGAGUUAAAACUCCAACACAAAGAGUAUCUCUGUGUCAAGGCCAUGAUCCUCCUCAACUCCAGUGUGUACCCUUUAGCUGCAGCCCCUCAGGAGGCUGAGAGCAGCCGGAAGCUGACUCACAUCCUGAACGCGGUGACCGAUGCUCUGGUCUGGGUGAUCGCCAGGAGCGGCCUCCCCUCCCAGCAGCAAUCCCUUCGCCUGGCUAACCUGCUGAUGCUCCUUUCUCACGUCAGGCACGCCAGUAACAAGGGCAUGGAACACCUGCUGAGCAUGAAGUGCAGAAAUGUGGUCCCAGUGUACGACCUGCUGCUGGAGAUGCUGAAUGCCCACACGCUUCGCGGGUACAAGUCCUUGGUCAGAGGGUCCGAGUGCAGCCCAGCAGAGGAGAGUGAGAGCAAAGAGGGCUCGCAGAACCCACAGUCCCACUGAAGCCCAGCCCUGAGUGAACAGGCCGCAGAGGAGGUCAGAGGCUGAAGCGUGAACUCCAGUGCGAACCAGGAGCCCUGUCAGGAGUGGGCAGGCUUUGUUGUCUUCCUACAACAUGUGUGGUAGGAAUGUGUGGUCCCUCAUUUGCUGAUGGCAAACUUGUCAUGUACCAUCCUUCCCCCAACCUUCCCACUUCCUGGGAGUCAGGGUAAGAAAAGCCACGGUUUUGCUUGUUACCAGGGGGCAUGUUUGAAUGCAGAGUUUGUCUUGCUUGGCCUUGUAGGAUCUCAGCGUGGUCCCAUUCUUACUUUCUAUCUCCCUUCCACCCCUUUGGAAAACAUCUUAAAGGUUUUGGAAAGAAUGGUGGAAAUCUGACUUGGAAGGGCUUUACAAAAGGAAGGGGAGAGAAUGUGGCACCCUGACAGGAAGUGGACUAACCUUUGGUGUGCAACCUGAGCUGCCCUUAGAAUGGAUCUUUGUACGUUCUCUUCUGGACCACUUGAUUGUAGGAUUGAAAACCGUGAUGACAAUCAAUUAACUAGUUUCACAUACCUACCUCGAAGGCCUGUGGGGACUGAUGCCACGUAUUGCUAUUACUCUGUCGAAGGCCAGAGGGCAAGUGACCUAGGGAGCCAGUGGUCAGGCUGGGAUGCAAGCCGCCAUCUUCCCCCAAGACCUUGCUGCCAUCUUAAUUUCCAUCCAGAGAGCCUGCAAAUUAUUUGGGCGGGGUGUGUGUCUGCGUGAUCACUUUCAUGGAGGAGUGUGAUUUAACUCUCCUGCCCCUGGAAUUGUCCUUCUUUAAAACUCUCUUGCCCCAAGGGACCUGGCACGUGCUUGAGAAAGGUCCAGUGUUUGCAGGAAUGGGAUUCUCUCCUGUGGGAGUGGGUCACAGCCACCACACUUCCCUGGGGCAGCCACAACUGCCACAUCAGCCAUCCAGGGGAAACAGGGACACUUUAGGCUGUGUGUGUGCAAGGCACACUAUUCCGCGGAAGGGUGAAUAGCUACACACAUGCCAGCAUGUCAGUCAGGUUCAGGGCCAAAUUGUGUAGACUUGACGAGCACAUCACUUGAACAAGACCUGAUUUGUGAACUCUACUUAAAAAAGAGAAAUAUUGAGGGACAAUUAUUUAUAGUAAGAAAGAAUUCUUUUAUACCCUAGAGUUCUUUUAAAAUAUUUUCUUACCAGAACAUUUAUAUGGUGGGCUGGGUGAAACAGAAACUUAGAUAUUCUUAUUCCAAAUGGAACAUGAAUAGGACAUGAUGAUAAAGCACCUCUGAAAUUACAAUUUUAACGCACUUUUUAAAAAUUGAAGUUCUUGUACAAAUUUUCAGGAACAUAGUAAAUGCAUAAAAUGAGUUACAUCUAUACUUUGGACAUG